AUGUCGACUUUGGCAUCGGCACAACCUUCGUCUGUAUAUCCCGCCACCACGCAAGAUGGUCCUCAUGUUGCCUUGUUCCGCGCCGCUGGAGAUGGCGCUCCGCCUCAGCUGAAGAGAAGCAUCGGCUCAAUCGACAGCACAAUGGACGCCCACUCGCCCAUCUCAGCGGCGUCGCCUGACGACGCUCCACCCGGCAAGAUCGCCAUCCCAGCCUUGAAGCGUCCCCGCAACGACUCGACCGUCAACAAUGGCCCACUCAGCAGAGAUGUCGUCCUCAAGCCGAGACCGAAACCUGGUCGCAAGCCUAUGGCCGACCAGAACGACUCUUCGGACAAACGGAAGACUCAGAACAGAAUGGCUCAGCGUAACUUCCGUGACCGCCGCGCUCAGAAAUGCAACGAUCUCGAGAUUGAGAAUGCUCAGCUGAAGGCGAAUUUUGAGUCUGAACGCUCUGCCUGGAUGGAACAGCUCAGGCAGCGCGAUGCCGAGAACGCGAGACUCUCGGCCCAGCUUGCCGAUGGCAAUGCUAAGUCGGCUCAAAUCGAUCUUGAGAAUCGUCAGCUCAGGGAGCGCAUUGCUGAGAUGCAGAGGGAACUUGGUAUUUGUCCAAUCGCCUACUGUCCCGUAGAGGCCAUCAUGCUUACCUUGGCCCAGCGUUCUGUUACUUCGAACCUUGUUUCAUCUGUUCAUCAUAUUCUUACACCACCAUCGGACAAUGAUGCCCACGACGAGUAUGAAGUCGACUUCACUAACAUAUAUGCAUCCCGUAAACCAUCUGCAUUCACAUCUGGUCUCGGCACAGAUGAACAUUGCGGUUUCUGCAGCGACGUAGAGAAUUGCAUCUGUCGCCAACAGGAAGAGCUCAACAACAAGAGUCUUCCCAGCCUUCCGCCUAUUGACUCAUCGCGUGCUAUCACGCAACCGAAACUACCCUCUGACGUCUCCGCACCCAGUUUCUUGGAGGCGCGAACCGAAGCUUCUGGUCCUGGUACCUGCGAUAUGUGUCUGGCUGAUCCUGAGAAAGCCAGACAGUGCAGGGAGCUUGCUGAAGUUGCAUUUAAAGACAAGGAAGCCGCAGCAUCACGUUCCGAUGACUCCGGCUCCAAAGAUAUGGGCACAGUCACCCUUCGACGUCUCCAGCAGCUCGAUUCAACAAAGCCUCGUGAGAGAACUUCGUGCUCUGACUUCUUCCAACAAGCACAACAGAGGAACGUAAGAUUCAGACGAGACGACUACCAACAAAUCAAACAUGUCUAUCGUCUCGACGGUCGAUCCCAACACUCUCCUUACAUGGAGAUGGAUACUCAAGAUGCUGCUCAUGCUUUGGCUGCUCUCUCGAGACAGGACACCAGGUCUGGCCUGGACCGCCAAUCUUAA